AUGGGACUGGCUACAUUAAUCAAGCGCAUUGAGCUAUCUCACGGCUCUCGAUGGAUAAAUGAAGAUGUUCGCCCCGUCGAGUCGAAACGGCGCACCUGGACGUUUCUCACAUUCCAGAAUUAUUGGCUCCUGAUCAACUGCAACAUCGCGACGUAUCUGACCGGCAGUGCGCUUAUCCCGAUGGGCCUCACUUGGUGGCAGGCAUUGAUCGCGAUCAUCAUUGGCAACAUCCUGGCCACGGCUGCAAUCAUAGUGAGCUCUCUGGCUGGCGCACACUACCACAUCGGCUUUCCGGUCUUCAGUCGUGCGGUAUGGGGAAUGUGGGGAUCGCAGUUUGUCAUUUGGAAUCGAAUCUUCCUUUCCCUAGUUUGGUACGUUCCCACGGCCUGGGUGGGUGGUCAGUGCUUCUACCUGAUCCUCCUCUCGUGGGACCCCAAAUAUGAACAGCACAUCCCGAAUACCAUCCCAGCCUCGACAGGCAUGACGUCCGCGCAAUUCCUCUCAUACUUCAUUUUCUGCAUCGUGAGUCUGCCGGCCUUGCUGAUCCGGCCGCACCGUCUGGACAAAUUCUUCUACGCCGCCAGCACCAUCACGCUGGUCUUCUUCGUGGUUCUGCUGAUCUGGGGGCUGGCGACCAUGGGGCCUGGGGGAUUUGGCGACACACUAAGCAGCAAUAGGACAGUACCCCUGACAGGUGGACCGAAUAGCAUCGCCUGGAUGAUGGUCAGCGGGAUCAUGUCGACGAUUGGAAGUAUCGCGGCUGGGAUUCUAAACCAGAACGACUAUGCUCGUCUGGCGCGACGUCCCAGUGAUGCCAUAUGGGGCCAAGCCUUUGCCUAUCCGCUCUAUAGCAUCUUCACAUCCGUCAUCGGCAUCCUCGUCACCGCCGCAACUCAGAAACGACUAGGCGGCGUGCCGGAGUGGAAUCCGCCUACUCUUUUCGUUCGUCUUCUAGAGAUAGACAAUAGUCCGGGCACUCGUGCAGCGCUCUUCUUCGCGGGUCUCGCGUUGGUGAUCUCCCAGAUCGGAAGUAGUAUUCCCGGCAAUGCUCUCUCAGGCGGGAUCGAUCUGGCCUCGGUGUUUCCUCGAUACAUAAACAUCCGUCGCGGCGCGUAUAUCAUCGCUGCUUUCAGUCCAAUCGUCAAUCCGUGGCGGUUAGUCAACACGGCCACGACCUUCCUGACGGUGCUGUCUAGCUACGGUGUAUUCCUAGCCCCUAUGACCGGCCUCAUGGCCGCGCAUUAUCUCCUCGUCGCCAGACAGAAGAUUAACAUCGACCAUCUGUACGUGGGCUCCGACAGCAGUAUAUACUGGUACACAUGGGGAAUCAACUAUCGGGCUUUCAUCGCCUGGCUUGUCGGUGUUAUACCCUGUCUACCCGGUUUCAUCGCGGCAGUCAAUACGUCAGUCAAAGUCUCCGAUGGUGCAACCGAGCUGUACUUUCUCAACUACCUGUACGGGUUCCUCUCCAGCGGAGUUGUGUAUACAGUGCUACAUUUCGUUUUUCCCGCGAGCCGCGUUCAGGAAUUCGUAUCGAGCUAUGUCACCUCCAAGGAAGUCCGGAGAUACUAUGAAGAUAAAUGGGAGACGAUUUCCCCGGCACAGGGGUUGGAUAUCUCCGAGUAUGCCUAUCCUGCCUCCCGUGUGGAGGAGUCUAUCAAGGGGGCUGGAACUACUGCGGUGGCGAUGUGA